UGGUAAUGGUACCAAUACUCGGGCUGACCUAUUAUGAAUUGAUACACUGUAUUGAGUGAAACAAUGAGUGAGAGAAAAUUCGCCCGUGGACUGGGAAAGCCAGGGACUGCAGCUCAACUUAGGGAAACUGUAUCCCAAGUAGUUAGGGAGAGUACUGUACAAGCCAAACCUCACUUGGUAGAACCUUUGGAUUUUGAGAAAUUCGUUUUAAAGAAUAAAACGGUGCUACAAAAUGAUCCUCAAAGAGAGUUAUUACUCUAUCCUUCUGACGACAUUUCUCAAAUUAUCGUGCCUAGAAGAUUUCGUACACUUUCACAAAACUUUCCUUCUGAUGCUGAUACUGAAAAUUGUAGCCUGUUUACCAAGCAAUGCAUUAAUAGUUAUUCAAGCAAUUGGAACUUGAUACAUUACAAGUACAGUGCAUAUUCUGGGACAUAUGCUGAUUUACCACAAAAUUCACAAGAAAAGAAACUUCAAGAAGAAGUAUAUGAAAUUGACAUCGAUACUGACGCAGUGGAUGAUUUGAAGCCCAAAUUGGAUAAUAUCACUAAAGAAGGGUAUUUGUUGAAGGGACCAGAAAUAGGGUCUGAAAGAUCGUUUGUAAACAUUGGCUCAAAAAGUUUUAAAAGGAGAUAUUGUUAUCUUCGACAAGAAGUAGAUGGAACAUACAUUAUGGAAAUGUAUAAAGAUGAAAAAAAAGGUGAAGCCAAAGUGACAAUAGUUAUGGAUUUUUGCACUGAUGUCGUGAAGAAUUUGAAAAGGGGGAGGUUUUGUUUUGAACUAAGAAUGACAUCUGGACAUAAAUCCUAUUUAUUGGCCUCUGAAAAUGAGUCUGAUUUCAAGGAUUGGUUGUCCAAGUUGAGCUCAGUUUUACAGCAGUACAAAAUUCAAGAAGAAAAAAGAGCUGCAUCUUUGGAAAGAGAUCGUAGUACCACACCUCCACCUUCUCCACAAAUGAACCAGCCUUAUGGAACCCUGAAGGGCCUUGAUCAGAGUAUGAAUCCUCAGCUGAUGAGAUAUGGAAGAGAAACGGAUGUGAGCAUUGCAGCACUAAGAAAAGAUAACAGGCAGAAAAUUUUCGAACUUCACCCCAACCUAGUAUUGAACAUAAAGUCUCAAAGUUCUAGUCAGGACCAAAUAGAACCAUAUAAAGAAGUGUUCGGACAAAGAGUCCUUCUCAAAUGUGAAAGAAUUAGGUUAAAGUUACAAGUCGUAGACGAUAGAGAUAAUCUUUGCCAGGUAGAACCGUACCAUACAACAUUGUGCCUAUUUGAUGCCAAAAAUGGUAGAAAACUGACUGAAAAUUUUCAUUUUGAUGUUAAUAGCACUAGUAUAAGGAGCACGUUCAAUAAUGGCAUUUGUAGCAACUCGAAUAAUUAUUCAAAAUUGGAUCUUCCACCGAAUCUACCUAUGGAAUGGUUGAUGUAUCCCAGGCAGGCACUUUUAAGUGUGACAAACCCACAUCCAGACAUAUUUCUGGUGGUUAGAAUAGAGAAGGUGUUGCAAGGGGGUAUAUAUCAGAGUUCUGAGCCUUAUAUUAAGGCUAACAAAGAUCCAAAAAUUAGUCAGAAAGUUUAUAGGAAUAUAGCUGUAUGUUGCCAAAGACUGGGGAAGUAUCGUAUGCCAUUCGCUUGGGCUGCCAGGCCUCUUUUCAGGUUAUAUAGUAACGAAUUGGACACAACUUCUGAUUUUCACGCCAUUUAUCGUCAAGAACCCACAAAGUUAUCUGAUGAAGAAAUGAUAAAAUUGUUGUCCGAUUAUAGGAAACCUGAUAAAUUUAACAAGUUCACUGUGAUUCCUGGUUCCUUAGAAAUUACCGUAUCUGCCAUAAACGAUCUUCCACCAAGUACUUUAACAACUUCUCUUGCUCCACUAAAACCUUUUCCUUUACCUCCCACCUCGGAACCCACUAUAGAAUUAGCUGAAUUAGAAGGAUUAUGCGACAAAGACAUCAACCCAUAUACGACAUAUAUAAAUCACCUAUUUGUUUAUCCGCUCAGCUUGAAUUUUGACAUGCAGAAAACAUUUUCUAGAGCCCGAAACAUUGCAUGUGUUAUAGAACUUCGGAAUUCUGAUAACGAAGAAGCUCAAGGAUUACAGUGUAUAUACGGCCGUCCCGGUCAACCCCUAUUAGUUUCUCAGGUGUCCUGUGUCAUUUUGCACCACAACACUUUUCCAUUAUGGUACGAAGAAAUUAAAAUAAGGUUACCGACGAAUAUUCUCUCUACGCACCAUUUGUUAUUUACUUUUUACCACAUAUCCUGUGAUAUUACCAAAAAGAGGGAGAACGGAGUAGAAAGCUGCGUAGGAUAUGCUUGGCUACCGUUGCUGCAGAAAGGAAAAUUGAGUGUCGAAACACAGUGUAUCCCAGUGGCAUCAAAUUUGCCACCAGGUUAUUUAACGAUUCACCCAUUUGGACUUGGCAAAGGUAAUGCUGGACCAGACAUAAAUUGGAUUGAUGGCCAGAAACCGAUAUUUACCAUAGAUUUCAACUUGGUCUCGACCAUAAAUACCAAAGACCAACAUUUGUAUAACCUCUUCAGCCACGCAGAAAGAUUACUAGACCCCAAACCUUCAUCCUUGCCAUCAGAAAGUGAAACGUGCAAAAUAGUGAAAGCCCUCCACGCCAUACAUUUGACAACUCUCAUUUCUUUCUUGCCGACCCUUUUCAACCAACUUUUUGGCCUCCUGGUAGUGACAACUAGCGAGGAAAUUGGAUUGAACAUCAUCAAGGUGUUGAUAAACUUGGUCGAUAUGAUAUACAACGUGAAUCGUAAGGAAAUCCUCCAGGCGUAUAUCAAAUAUGUUUUCAUUUCACCGGAUAGCAAAAAAAAUACCACUGUACAUGAAGAGAUGUGCAAGUAUUUGCCUAUUAUCCUACAUCCGAAUAAUACCGACUUCUUGGUCGUGAACAAGUUCAUGCAUCAUUCUGAUUUCUUUUUUGAGAUCAUAAUCAAAGGUAUGGCCCAGCAUUUGUUGUCUUCAGGAAGAAUAAAGAUGCAUCGGCAUGAAAGAUUUUCCACAGAGUAUCAGGAGAGGAUAGAUCAUUUGGUGCAGGUGUUGGUACCGUAUGUCCUUAGUAAAUACAAAGAGAUGCCUUUAGAAACUAAAGAACUGAACAAGAGUAUGGCUCAUUUUUUGAAAAAAUGCUUGUCUCUUACUGAUCGAGGCUUCGUAUUCAAAUUGAUCAACUCCUACAUGGACAAAUUCAACCCAGGCGACCCAAGACUCCUACAGGAAUACAAAUUCAACUUUCUAGAAAUAAUAUGUAGCCACGAACACUACAUAUCCAUCAACCUACCUAUCCAACACACCAAGCUCAGCCCUAGAAACCGAUCGCCUGAUAUUUAUCAAGAGUUCACCCUUUCCGACGAAUUCUGCAAACACCAUUUCAUAGUCGGCUUGCUCCUACAAGAAAUUAAGACUUCUCUCAACGAAGUAACGCAUAUCAGAAAAAUUGCCUUGAACACUUUGAAGAACCUCAUAGCGAAACACGAAUUAGACGAUAGGUAUAAGAGUAAGGGUCAGAUGCAUAGGAUAGCGCUGAUCUACCUGCCUUGGCUGAGUAUCGUUUUGGAGAACCUCAGCCGAUUGGACACGAAGGGGGAGAACGAAGAUGAUGCCAAUGACAGUGUUAUCAAUAGGAUUUCGUCUAGCAGUUCUUAUUUGUUCGGGAAGAGUUCAACGGCUAGCGAAAGCACGCCCAGGAGUCACAGGUUCACUUUGCAUUUCGACAAAGACAGCCCGAUGCACUUGAGAAACUCCGCUUUUUAUGAAGCGAUCGCUGGUCAAUCUCUAGUCAAUGGCAAUUCGAUGAGCAUCGAUUCUGACAUAUCUACGAUGUCGGGAGAUGCCCCUUCCACAGUCUCCCAAGAUACCACAAUAAUCCGGGACGAAAGUUUGAGGAACGGCGAUCACAAAACACACGCCAGAUCAACCUCGCACGUUCAACGAUACGACAAAUUACAACCUCAGGAAGCCAAAGAUAUUCUCUUGAUAUUCAUGUUCGUCGUUAAAUAUCUGAACGAGGAACAGCUGGUGAUGUGGUGGCAACAUUACGGUGAUUCGGAUGUGUACAACUUUUUUUCCAUCAUGGAGAUAUGUCUGCAUUCUUUCAAGUAUGUGGGGAAGAGGAAUUUAGCUGCUAUCAAGGUAAACGAUGGCGAUAAUGUGAAGACCAAAUCGAAAAAGGCGCACACUCUACCUGCAAGAAUGAAUCCUUCGGAAAUCAACCAUGACAAUACAAGUACUUUAGUCAUACAUACUACAAGGGAGAACUUAGUUCAUACUGAGAAUGAGAUGCACAAAAAACAACAAUUGAUUCUAGAGCAACAUCUUGCUAUUGAAGUUGGUCUCAUAAUUUUGGAUUGCAUGGGACUGUAUUGUAUGCAUUUUAGAAAAAAAUUAAUGAGCUCAGAUGGAGAGAGUGAAGUACUGAAGAAAAUAUUCGAUAUUUAUCUUGGUUUUAUACAGAUUGGGCAAAGUGAAUCUUUGUUCAAGCAUGUUUUUGGUGCUUUGAGGUCAUUUAUCAAUAAUUUCUCGUCAAUAUUGUUUCAAGGAAAUGCGGUUUUGUGUGGAAGAUUAUGUUAUGAACUGUUGAAAUGUUGUAACAGUCGCUUGCCCUCCAUAAGACAAGAAUCGUGUGCAAUAUUGUAUCUUCUGAUGAGAAGUAAUUUCGAAUUUACCAGCCGCAAAGGCUUGACUAGAGUACACCUUCAAGUUAUAAUAUCAGUAUCACAAAUGCUUGGCAAUAUAGUGGGUUUGAAUAACGCUAGGUUUCAAGAGAGUUUGUCUUUGAUCAACAGCUAUGCUUCUAGUGACAAAGCAAUGAAAGGAACAGGAUUUCCCGUUGAAGUGAAAGAUUUAACAAAACGUGUACGAACCGUUCUCAUGGCAACAGUGCAGAUGAGGGAACAUCAUCACGAUCCAGAAAUGUUGGUCGAUUUGCAACAUAGCCUCGCCAAUUCUUAUGCUUCCACUCCGGAAUUGAGACAUACCUGGUUAGAAACUACAACAAGACAUCAUGUUCGAGAUGGAAAUUUUUCAGAGGCUGCCUGUUGUCAACUUCACAUUGCCGCCCUGAUGGCAGAAUACUUGAAACUCAAAAAAAUCCAAAAGUGGGGUGCAGAAAUGUUCGAAACUAUCUCAUCGAACAUUCCCAGAGAUGAAAAGGGCCUAAAGCUCGACACUGGUGUUCAAGAUAUUCAAUACACCGAAUUCAUUCUGCUAGAACAACUAGAAACUUGUGCAGAAUUCAUAAACAAAGCUGAAAGAUACGAGAUCCUGGGUGAACUAUACAAGCUAAUAAUUCCCAUGUAUGAAAAAAAGAGGAACUAUGAUAUGCUGAGGAAAUCGUACAAUGCUCUGGCUGAUAAUUACGAAAAAGUCGUAGUUACCAAUAAGAGCGGCAAGAGAUUGUUAGGGAGGUACUAUAGGGUUGCAUUUUAUGGCCAAGCCUAUUUUGAAGAGGAUAAUAGUCUGGAGUAUGUGUACAAAGAACCGAAAGUAACAUCAUUGAGUGAGAUUUCUGAGAGGUUGUAUAAACAGUAUUGUGACAAAUUUGGACAAGAUGUUGUCAAAAUGAUUCAAGAUUCAUCACCGGUGAAUCAGUCCGAGUUGGAUACAAAACUGGCUUACAUACAAGUUACUCAUGUAACACCUUACUUUGAGAAAUGUGAAUUGGAGGAGAGACAGACUGAAUUUGAACAAAACCAUGAUAUAAAUUGUUUUAUGUUUGAAACGCCUUUCACAAAAGAUGGCAAGAGCAGAGGUAACCCUGAAGAACAAUGGAAAAGAAGAACUAUACUUACAACAUCAUACUCAUUUCCAUACGUGAAAAAACGGAUCGUAGUGAAAUCGAAACGAAUAACAGAGUUGAGCCCCAUCGAAGUUGCCAUAGACGAGAUGCAGACACGCGUAGCGGAACUGGAAGAUGUGGUUUUCUCCCAACCGACGGACGCGAAAAAACUGCAACUCAGAUUACAGGGUAGCGUUUGCGUGCAAGUUAAUGCUGGACCGCUCGCGUAUGCUAGCGUCUUCUUGGAUCCGGCACUUUGCAGUAUGUAUCCUGAAGAUAAGGUGGAAGAAUUGAAGGAUAUUUUCAGAGAGUUCCUGAAAAUCUGCUAUUCAGCCUUGCAAAUAAACAGCAAACUGAUCGCACAAGACCAACAGGAAUACCAAGAGGUGCUCAGACAGAACUACAAGAAGCUCUGUUCGUCCCUCUCCACCUUGUUCGGCGAAUCGUUGUGGCCGCACGACGAGACGGGAAGUUUUCGCCGCAACAGCAUGGCGGUGUUCAGCGCCGUUAGUGGCGCACCGCAAAAUUCGAGCACAGCUUAACUUUAAGAGAACGUACAGGGUGAGUUACCAGAGGGGCGAAGACCCAUAGUUAGUUGCACAAACGUGUCAUUCGAAAGGUGUGAAGCAUAGUUAUGAGACGCAUUUUUCACCAGAUUGGAUGUGUACUUGCGUUAUCUGUCUAAUUAUAGUUGGAGAGCCGGCUGCAAAUUUCGAUCAUCAUCUGAUAAAAAAAUGACAUACAGGUAGAAACAUGUAGAAACAUUGUAUUUCACCGAACGGCACCUGCGCCAAUCACUAUCCUGGGCAAAAUUAUUGAAACAUUGCACUUUUCUUUGCGGUUAUUUGCGCUAGAUUUCGCGAUUUGAUAACGAGAUCAGAAUUAUGUCAUUUGAUACCCAUUGAAUGGUAGAUCUCAAAACCCUACCUGUGCCACACCUUAAUCUGAGUCAAAUCCUCGGCA